AUGACGCACAUUCAGAGAAGUUUAUUAUCUCUAAUCUGACUAAUAAUGACCUGCCAUCUCCUGUUUUCAGGUACAGAAGAAGGAUGUCUUGCAUUUACAGGUCUCAGUAUAAGCAGUGCUUUGACUGGCACAGACUUGAAAGUGAAACUAAUGCUCUACACAAGACAAAACCAGAACUGUGCUGAAACACUCAGAUCAACUGGUUCCAGGUAUCUGAACGUGACCAAGAAAACUAUCCUCAUUGUGCAUGGGUACAGACCCACAGGUUCUCCCCCCAUCUGGAUACAAAAAGCAGUACAUCUCUUGCUCUCUGUGGAAGACAUCAACAUAAUCAUUGUAGAUUGGAAUCGCGGGGCUACGACUCUGCUCUAUCACAGGGCUUCUAGCAACACUAAGAAAGUUGCUGAAUUCUUGAAGACAUUUAUAGACAAAAUGUUGGCCGAUGGAGCAUUGCUUGACUCUGUUUAUAUGAUAGGAAUUAGUCUUGGAGCGCAUAUCUCUGGGUUUGUGGGACAGAUGUAUAAUGGCAAACUUGGGAGAAUAACAGGUCUUGAUCCAGCAGGCCCCUUAUUUAAUGGGAAACCCCCUGAGGAAAGGUUAGAUCCUACAGAUGCCCAGUUUGUUGAUGUCAUUCAUUCUGAUAUUGAUGGACUAGGCUACAGAGAAGCUUUAGGACACAUAGACUUCUAUGCCAAUGGAGGAACCGACCAGCCUGGCUGUCCACAAACAAUAUUUUCUGGAUCACAGUAUUUUAAAUGUGACCAUCAGAGGUCUGUUUUCCUGUUCCUGUCAUCCUUGAAAGAGAGGUGCAACAUCACUGCAUACCCCUGUGAUACAUACAGAGAUUACAGGAACAGCAAAUGUGCCAGCUGUGAGGCUUUCCAGCCCAUGCCAUGCCCCGUCCUGGGUUAUUAUGCUGAUAAGUGGAAAAGCUAUUUAACGCUAAAGAAUCCUCCAGUGACUAAAGUGUUUUUUGAUACAUCGGACGAAGAACCAUUCUGCCUUUAUCAUUACUUGGUGGAUAUUAUUACCUGGAACAAAAAUAUUAGAAGAGGCUCCCUCAUAAUUAAACUAACAGAUCAAGCUGGGAACACAGCAGAAUCCAAAAUCAAUCAUGAAGUUGCAACUUUUCAACAAUACAACCAAGCUACUUUGAUAGCUGGAUUUGACCAGGAUUUUGAAAAAAUUGCAAGAAUUUCCUUGGCAUUUUCCACAGGGUCUGUAAUAGGCCCAAAGCACAAACUCCGGAUUCUUCAAAUGAGGUUAAGGUCCAUUACAAAUCCAGAAAGACCACAGCUGUGUAGAUAUGACCUUGUACUGUUGGAAAACACUGAAAUAAUCUUCAAACCUAUUCCAUGUCAAAACAUGCAAACUUGAGCCAAGGAAGACUCAGCUGUAUGCCAAGUUAUACUGACAACAGCACACAUAUUAUGGGGAAAUGGCAGGGGGGGAAAAGGACUCAUUUUCAAGUGUCUUCACAUCUUGUCUUCUAUGGAUGUCAAACUA